GGAAGAUGGGCUUCCCGGCGGCUCGGCGAGACUCGGCGGCCCCCGGCGUGUGCGGCCGACCCGCAGAAGGACGGACCUUAAGCGAGGACUGAGCGUGCAAGCGAAAUGGGACAGCGGCCGCGGUCGUGCCCGGGAUCUUAAGCGCGUGCAUCGAUCCUUGGACUAACUGUCACCGGGUGGUUUUUAAAAAAAAAAAAUCUUUUUUUUUUUUUUUUGCAACCAGACCGGGUGCCUCCGAAGCGGGCGCACAACACACACACACUCACACACACACGUACAGAGUCACCCCUGCAAGGCGUGUGGUGUGUGUGUGUGUGUGUGUCUGCGCGGUUUUUUUUUUUUUUUGCUGGUUCCGUAACUUCUGGGAAAUCGGCAAUGGACAAAAAACAAGAUCCCAAAGGAUCCUUGGAAAAGCGAAAAGUUGGACCAAAGAAGAAAAGGCCACCCAUAUUAAGGAUGCCGCCGGUUAAUAAACAAACAGCUGUUCCUGCAACACCUCCAAGGAACUUGGAUUCCAGGACUUUUAUCACCAUUGGAGAAAAGAACUUUGAAGUUGAGGCCGAUGACUUGGUGAGCAUCUCUGAACUGGGCAGAGGCGCUUACGGGGUGGUGGAGAAAGUGCAUCACGCGAAGAGCGACACGAUCAUGGCUGUGAAGAGGAUCCGAGCCACUGUGAAUACUCAGGAGCAGAAGAGGUUGGUGAUGGAUCUGGAUGUCUCCAUGAGGACAGUGGAUUGCUUCUACACCGUCACUUUCUACGGAGCCCUUUUCAGAGAGGGCGAUGUGUGGAUCUGCAUGGAAUUGAUGGACACGUCUCUGGAUAAAUUCUAUAAGAAGGUUCUGGAGAAGAAGAAGAACAUUCCUGAAGAUAUCCUAGGAAAAAUAGCCGUGUCUAUUGUGCGAGCACUGGAACAUCUCCACAGUAAAUUGUCGGUGAUUCACAGAGAUGUGAAGCCGUCCAAUGUCUUGAUCAACAAACAGGGACACGUGAAAAUGUGUGAUUUUGGGAUCAGCGGUUACCUGGUGGAUUCGGUGGCUAAAACGUUGGAUGCUGGCUGCAAACCUUACAUGGCUCCAGAAAGGAUUAAUCCAGAGCUAAACCAGAAAGGGUAUAAUGUGAAAUCAGACGUCUGGAGCCUUGGAAUCACUUUGAUCGAGAUGGCCAUUCUCCGUUUCCCCUACGACUCCUGGGGGACCCCUUUCCAGCAACUUAAGCAGGUGGUGGAAGAGCCAUCGCCCCAGCUCCCAGCCGAUCGUUUCUCCAAAGACUUCGUUGACUUCACUGCCCAGUGUCUGAGGAAGAAUCCUGUUGAACGAAUGAGCUACUUGGAGAUGAUGGUGAGUUGAUCUUCUUU